AUGCGUUUCUCUCUAAUACUUUUUUCUUGUGGCCUUGUCUCUGCCCUCACUGCAGACGAAGCCCCCAAAAAAUGGAGUGGGCCUAGAGGUGGGAAGAUUUCCCAUGGAGGUAACAAUAUUGGCAAUGGGAAUGGUGGUGGGAUUAACAUUGACACUGGGGGCGGUGAUAUUGGAGAUAUCGGAGUUGGAGUGGGAGGAGGUGGGGACGGCGGUUGUGACCCGGACCAUUGUAAUGACAAGUGUCAGAAACAAGGCUACGAAUCAGGCUAUUGCGACGACGAUGGUAGCGAAUCUCCUAAUUUACUUGGUCUUCUUAUUGGACAAAGUACUUCCUGCACCUGCACAAUAUUCCAAGGGUUCCAACUACAGACCACAUUCGCCGUGGGCCGCUUUCCGUCCGCUGUUGCACUGGGCGAUCUCAACAAGGAUGGCCAUAUCGACAUCGUCACUGCAAAUGGUGGUGGCGCCUCAGUAAGCGUCUUGCUGGGAACUGGAUCGGGAAGCUUCCAGACACAGACCGUGUACCCCGUUGGAUCAGGGCCAGCGGAUGUUGCACUUGGUGACUUUAACGGAGAUGGGUAUCUCGAUAUUGCGGCUACGAAUUCCGCCGUUGGCACACUGAGUAUCUUGCUCAAUACUGGAUCAGGAACUUUCCAGCUGCAUAACACAUUUCCAGGACUCGGUAAUGCACCGAGUAUUGAAGUGGGUGACUUUGACGAAGAUGGCAAUCUUGAUAUUGUGGCUGCAAGUAAUGGUAAUGAAAUGACUCUCUUACUUGGGGAUGGUUCAGGGAACUUCGGACCACCGACCUUAUUUACUGUGGGAUCCCAAGCUGUUGCUAUUGCGGUGGGAGACUUCAACGCGGAUGGACAUCUUGAUGUUGUGGUUGCGAAUGUUGGUGACGAUACGGUGAGCGUCUUGCUUGGGACUGGAACAGGGGAUUUCCUGCCACAGACUGCGUAUCCUGUGGGGGCUACGCCGCUUAAUGUUAACGUGGGCGACUUUAAUGGGGAUGGCAUUCUCGAUAUAGCGGCUACAAAUUUCAACGGAGAUACAGUUAGCGUAUUACUUGGGACUGGCUCUGGGACCUUCGGGGCGCAGACUACAUUUCCUGCAGGGCCUCAGCCGUAUGGCAUUGCACUAGCCGACGUCGACAAGGAUGGCAAUCUCGAUAUGGUUAUUGCGAAUAGUGCUGUCGGCAGCAAUUCAUUAGGUGUUUUUCUGGGUACUGGAUCGGGGACCUUCGAGCCUCAGCAAACAUUCGCUGUAGGGGCUGAGCCAUGGGGUGUUGCAGUGGGUGACUUUAACGAAGAUACUUAUCCCGAUAUCGUGGCUGCAAAUAGGCGUGACUUUACAAUCAGCGUGUUACUUGGGAAGCCUUGCGGUACUUAG